AUGCCUUCCUUUCCCCCCAAAUCACUCUUCAACGCACGUCAAACCAUUUCAUCUCGCACAUCCUCAUUCCUCGUUCUCGCCUUACUCCUCUUCUUCGGAAUCAUUCUUUUUCUCGCAACGUCUCGAAACGAUCGCUGUUUGAAUAGAAACCCUAGAUCUGUUCGCGUGCUAUGGGAUCACGGUACCGCGGUCACCGGUGGCAGAAAUGCGGUUGUUGAUGAUAGACAUAAGGUUAUGGCGUUUGUUGGAAUUCAGACCGGGUUUGGAUCCGUUGGUAGACGUCACUCUUUGAGGAAGACUUGGUUUCCUUCGGAUCCUGAUGGACUUGAACGCUUGGAAGAAGCCACUGGUUUGGCUUUUAGGUUUGUUAUUGGUAGAACAAAUGAUAGGUGGAAGAUGUCUGCGCUUAAGAGAGAAAUAGCUGAAUAUGAUGAUUUCAUUCAAUUGGAUAUUGAAGAGGAGUACAGUAAGCUCCCAUACAAAACGUUGGCUUUCUUUAAAGCUGCUUAUGCUCUUUUCGAAGCUGAAUUUUAUGUCAAAGCUGAUGAUGACAUAUAUUUAAGGCCAGAUCGUCUUUCAUUACUACUUGCAAAAGAGAGAUCUCAUUCCCAGACGUACAUAGGAUGCAUGAAAAAGGGGCCUGUUUUCACUGAUCCGAAACUCAAAUGGUAUGAGCCGCUAUCUAAUUUGCUUGGAAAGGAGUAUUUUCUUCAUGCUUAUGGUCCUAUAUAUGCCCUUUCUGCUGAUGUUGUAUCAAGCUUGGUUGCUCUUAGGAAUAACAGUUUUCGGAUGUUCAGCAAUGAGGAUGUUACCAUUGGAGCUUGGAUGCUUGCAAUGAAUGUCAAUCAUGAGAAUAUUCACGAACUUUGUGCUCCAGAGUGUACAUCAACAUCAAUUGCUGUGUGGGAUAUUCCAAAGUGUUCAGGCCUGUGUAAUCCAGAACAAAGAAUGUUGGAACUUCAUCAAAUGGACAGCUGCAUUCAGAGUCCAACUAUAGAAUGA